UAUGGAAUGUGAAAACAUUUUUGCAAAUUAACUUCUAAUGGGCGUCUACCAUAUUUCUUAUUUAUUUGACAAAAUUUGUUUAUUUUAUAAAUAUUUUCAAUUAGUAAAAUAAUCCCUAACAACAUAUAAGCGACGAAGUAGCAGUGAAUCACGGCAGGAAAAGGAUUAACCAAGUUGUUUGGUUUUCAGUAAGGUUCAGCUGUUGAGGACCUGUUUCCGCCACCGUGAAGAGUGGUGGCUGUGUGAGAUGCCAAAACCUUCCAUCGACUUCCAGGUGGUUGAAGGGUCAGAUCCAAUUAAGGAAACACAGUCAGUGUUAAACAUGCCCUCAAAUUUGACCGAUGGACCUCUGUGGCGCCUUCGAAUUCUGACAUCUACCUCUGAAGCCCUUCCUGUUCGGCCAGAGAUAAACAAAAAAUUUCCAUAUCGGAACACAGUGAUAUUUGAGUGCCAACAUUCAGCAUUUGAUGGUGUUGAUAUCGUGAUGAUUGUCGUGUGGUUCCAUAAGAUCAUUGAUGACAUGCUCAGCGGAAAGCCCAUUGAUGAUUCACAAUUUGGUCAACUUGCAGACCACAGUCAGACAUCAGAAAUUAUUCAACAAAUAAAAUCGGCUCUUGAAAAUGAUCCUGAGCGGUUGAGUUCAUUACUUAAACUUAAAAAAGAAGAGCCGGCCACUUCUGUCCUCAUUGAAGCUUUCGGAGCACCAGAACCAUCUCAGGCAGAGACAAUAUACUUGGAAAAUGUUUUUCUGAAUAUUUCAGACAUUGAUAAGUUUCAUGCCAAGUGUCAGUCUGAAAAUAUAUCGUUCAAUGCUGGAUUUACAAGUGUAAUUAACACGGCUCUUGUUGACGUAGUAAGGGAGGCCGGCUUGACACGAGACGCCUACAAUAUUAGAAGUCGUGUUCCCAUUGAUAUGCGUCGUUACAUGAAAGGUUACUCCAAGACCUUCCCAUUGGGUUUCCAUGGUGCUCCAAUGUAUCAGAGCAUUUCAACACCUUACAAUGUUAAAGAUCAUUUCUGGAUGUAUGCAAAGCAGUAUGAUGUUCAGUUUCAGAAUAACUUGAAGAACAAAUUAUUUAUUGAAGAUAUGGUCAUUGAUAGAAUGCUUCGGCCAGCUGAUUUUUCUCCUGAGAAAUUCUUUGCAAAACCACAACCUAUUACGAUUGACUAUUUGUUUGCAAAUAUGUUUACACCUCUUUUUCGAACAUUCGGAGCAGGUAAACAUGUUCAGCUAACAGAUAUGAGAAGUAUUACAAAUAUUCAGGCUCUUGAUGUUGCAUUCAUGUGCAUGUUACUCAAAAUACGUGAAGAGGUCCAAUUUGAUGUCCGCUACUCGUCACGGGGAUUAACAAAAAAUACAGCACAAAAUAUUAUUGACAAAACUGUUUCAGUCUUCAGUGAAAUUUGUAAAAAUAUAUAAUGUCAGAUGAAGGAAUACCUUAAUUUGCAAGAAAUCAUAGAUGUCAAGAGUGGGUCACUUUGAGGCUCAAAUAGCCAAAUUACAUUACAAAAUUUCGAUAUAUAUAUAUGUAUGUAGUUAUGUGUAAUGUAAAAAUGGCUCCAGCAAGUCAAUACUAGAUAGUAAGAGCUCUCAAAGCUUAAAGUGUCAUUAUCCAGCCCAUCCUCCUGUUUUGGGAGUAAUUAUAGUAACAAUGAGGAUCACAGUAUACCGAAGUAGAACGAAAUCAGAAAGUAGAAAUCUGAACUAUGGAGUUGGACAAACCGGAAAACUAUUUUUUACUUGUGUUGUUUUGACACACACUCUCAUGUUGAUGAUACUUGUGCAUCUGGGAGCUCCAAGAAUUAUCCUCAUAGCUUCAUUUUUAAUUGUCUCUAAAGCUUUAUGUAUUCCAUAAUAGAAUGAGCCUUGACCAAGCUAUUAAGAUACAGCAAGGAAGGAGAUGAGGUUGUAAACUGGGUAAAAUGAUCAUUAGGAUUUCCUCUUUUUUACACAAUAUACGUUUAUUGCAGAAUUGAGAUCUGCCAAAAAAACGGGGGGGGGGGGGAUGUAAUUUGUGCAUUGGAUUUUUUUUCUGUAGGUUCUCUCAGUAUUGUGAGUUUCAUUAUUAAAGUUAACGGUACAUAUUUACAACGAGUUGUAUUUACAACUUGUACAACGAGUUAACGGUACAUAUGAAAACUGUCAUUUAUCUUAACGGUUUUAUUUAUGAUUCUACAAUCAAUUUUUGCACCCUUAUUGCAGGAAUAAUCCCUUUCUCGUAUUAGAAAUGUAAUAAGAUUGAUUCAAUUAUGAUGCUGAAAUCAUAUGUUAAAGAAUUCAGUAUCUCGAUACUACCUUCCAUGUAAGGGUAGUGAAAGAUCCAACAUCACCCUUAAUACUUGUCAAGUAGUAAGCAGCAGUCAGAGAAAUAUUUACUAGUUUGUUGGGCGAAAAGUGUUGCCAACGCACCAGCGGGCAACCUAUAUACAAGCUGGUUGAGUGAAAGUGUUGCCAAUCUCAAUAAACUGAAUAUUCCUAUUGUAUGCAACGUACUAGUCAAUAAUAUUCCACUAUAUCUGUACCCUGAAAUACACGCCCAUCAGUAAAAAUUAUAAGGACAAACCCAGCACUCCCGAAUGCCAUAACACUUGAAACCAUUAAUUCCUUAUAAAUAACUUACGGCCUCACGAGCACUAUGCUUACCCUGAUGUCUCUCUUCUUCUUGAUGGAAGGUGCAGUUUCCAUGAAGGGUUUACUCUCUACAAUGACUGUACGUGUACAAAUGUUGGAAGACGCACUAAUGUUGAGAGUGACAAGGUUUCAAGUGUUUGUUGUGUUGUGGUGUAGAUAGAGGAGCGGCGAGUAAAGAGAGGCGCGUGUUAGAGGGAGACUUGUGACGCUGAAGGGCGGGGUGUUGUGUUUAUGGCGUCAGCUGAUCCUUGGUGCUGCGACGAGGCAGUUGUUUUCUGUGUUUGGCUGUUGGUGACGACAGGUAUAAAUGUGACACAGGUCAAAUAUGGCCUAAUUUGUUGAUCGAUUGGAGAUAUUUAGCCAGUGCUUUGACUAUUUGAUAUUUUUCAUGUAACGAGAGGUCUCCUCCUAAUAUGUGCUCGAUGGUAAAAGGUUUUUUAAGUGUGAUAAGUAUUUGUCUGAAGUUUAAUCUGACACUAUGAUGUCGGCAACAGUGAAGGAGGUAGUGUUAGAUUGUUUCUGACACAUGCCAGUGGAUGUUCGUUGAUGACUGUUCUGUUUUUAGAGUUGUGUGCUUCCAGUUUGGCGUGUGUCCCAGCCUUAAUCUGGUCAUCGUUACAUCAAUUUAUCUGCUUUUAAUAUCAUGAAUGUUUCCAAGUUUACCAUUUAUUUUUAUGGACCCAUAGUACAUGGAUGAGAAUGACGUUUUCCAUUUCAUUACAAAAUCUUGGGUGAUGGUAUCUUUGAAGGCUCCUUACCGUGUAACGCGAAGAAUUGUAUGACGGGUAAUUUAAGGCGUGUUGUGCAUCGCUUUGGCCAGUUGAUCUACAAGUUCAUAGUGGUGUAUACCACAAUGUUCUGGGACCCAUUGGAUUGAAAUAUCAUAACCGUUCAAUCGAUGUUCAAAAAGAAGUUGAAGGCAUGGGUAAACAAACUCUUUGCAUGUUGUGGAAGAGUACGUAAUUGCUUGAAUCGCACUCUUGGAGUCACUACAGAUUGUAUAUAUCCGAGCUGGUAAUGUUUGGAUUAUUUGGAGGGCUUGGUAUAAGGCAUAUAAUUCAGCUGUGAAAAUAGAUUGUAGGUAUGGUAACCGCCAUCCCUGCUUGAGAUAGUAUUGUGGGAUCCAUACAGCGCUAGUGACCGAUGGUGCGUUGUUCCUGAGGAUGCGAGAUCCAACUGUGUAAAUCACUGUGGUAUUUGGGUAGCAAUUUUUUAUUGUUGAGGCAAAGACUCAAACUAUGGCUGAGUUUGGUGCAGACUUUUCUCUAGCAAUCUCUAGCAAUUUCUCUAGAAAAGCAGACAGUCAGCUUUUCCGGCCCCUGAAAGCCCAAAAUGCAAAACAAAUGCUAAAAGGUUGUAACAUCCAUUAUAAACAACAUUUUUAAUGCUCAGUACAAGAGUUUCAGAGUGUCCUUUGUAUGGAUAACAUCUCACAUAGGUGUUGACCAGCAUGAUGAAACACACACGGCAGCUAAAACUGCAUGUGAUAAGCCUGAAAUUGAGUUGGAAAUGUGCAUUCAAAUCUCUGCUGUAAAAGCCACAAUAUUUCAGGAAAUUUGGGAAAACAAAAGAGCAGUUAUUGACACUCAAUGCCCAGAAAGCACGAGUAUAAAGAGCUAUGAGAUGUUUAGAACCGAGAAUUAUAUGUACGAACAGCAUAAAUCAUCCUCUAGAGCGUGUGAUAUUGUAAUUAGCAGAAUUAGGCUGGGAUAUCGAUAUAUAUGGCAGGUGGCUGCAGAUAAUGAAUACCCCCAAUGAUAAACAUUCCAAUUGUAAACUAUGUGAACAUGAGUUAGGACAUACUCUCUAACACUAUCUGUGAUUGCUCUUGUUAUCAGUGAUUUCAAACCAAAUGGUAUGAGGUACUUUGAGCUCUAUAAUUACUUCAUACACCCAGGAAUAUUGGAAGCUAUUCUUGAGCUGUACCCAGAUUUUGAUAGUGGAGGCUAAUAGGCCUUACAUUUUAUGUUCUCUCCUGAUUCCAUGUAUGACUAACCAUCCUGUGAGAUGGGGAUAUUUUCUGAACUUAUAGCUAAUUUUUUAUUGACACUGUGUAAUCUUUCAUAUAGGAUAGAGUAGCAGCACACUGAUGUGCUGCUUCCUAAGCUUGUUGAUAAUAAAAACAAAAUAACUCAAAAGAUUU